AAAAGAUCAGGUGGAAUAAUAGAGGAGGACUCCUAUUGCAAUUUUCUCUCUCUAAAUUCCUUCAAUUUGUUCUGAGAAGUUCGUUCUCUUGACUUUUCAUUUUCCCAUUUUGACGCUCUGAUUCUGUAUAUAUGUGUGUAGAGAUUCUCUGGUCUUAGCUUCAGAGUUCUAGUGAAAUUCCCAUUUUUUUUUCCUGUUUAAUUCUGUGUGUGCAUUGGAUAGUGAAGCAGGCAGCGGAAGAAUUAGCGCUUGUAAUACUGUGAUUGUUUCAAUUAAGGGUUGUGCUGAAAUUUGUUAGAAAAAGCUUGAAAUCUAUCAAUUAUGGCGGUAUCGACAAUAGCCCUUUAUGCGAGUCCACCGAGCAGUGUGUGCUCUGCGCCGCACCAGAUCAGCUCCCACGCACCCUACGAUUUCGACGUGAACGGCCGGGCAACGUCGUCGACAUCGGCAUCGGCAUCACCAUCGCAGAAGCCUUUAAUUGGUGGUCUCUCGUGCUUGUUUUCCUCGCCGCCGAUAAAAUCGGCGAGUUAUUCAGCUGGAGCCGAGGAGUUGGGUUCCUUACGGCAUGAUAGAACCGAGGAAUUGGGGUCUUCUUUCCGGUACUCCUCGUUAAGCUCGUCUCUGAAACGAGAUCAGGCUCAUCAUAGCCCGGUUUCUGUGCUUCAGGGCCUGGGCAAUUCAAUCGGGACGUCUUCCCGGAGCCCCCCCAUGAGAAUGAGUGCGGAUUUCAGUUCAAUUAGGUCUGGGAGUGGGGGUAUGUUUACUGGAUUCGUGAGGCAUGCAUUGGGUUCCUGUGUGGAUUAUGAUCCCUUGCCUCUGGCUUUGGAUGUUAAGGACUUUGAUCUGUCUUCCUCCUCAAAUGCCUUAUCAACUGAUGAGCUUACUUUUAACAUGGAGGAUAAUUUCGUUGAGUUGGAUUUGCCUCCUUAUGCGAAAGAUUUGCUUUCUGACGCGCAGUCGAGGCACUCGAUUUUUAAGGACGAUUUUGUUAUCAAGGCUUUUCAUGAAGCAGAGAAGGCUCAUAGAGGCCAGAUGCGGGCAAGUGGGCAUCCUUAUUUGCAGCAUUGCAUGGAAACGGCAGUUCUACUGGCAAACAUCGGCGCCAAUUCUACAGUUGUUGCUGCAGGUCUUUUGCACGACACUGUUGAUGAUUCUUUUGUCACUUAUGAAAAUAUUUCCAGCUCCUUUGGAGCUGGAGUUGCAGAUUUAGUAGAGGGGGUGUCUAAGCUCAGUCAAUUGAGCAAGCUUGCACGGGAGAACAACACAGCCAGUAAAACUGUUGAGGCAGAUAGAUUGCAUACCAUGUUCCUUGCAAUGGCAGAUGCUAGGGCUGUUCUAAUAAAGCUUGCUGAUCGACUGCAUAAUAUGCUGACUUUGGAUGCAUUGCCUUUGAUCAAACAACAGAGGUUUGCAAAGGAAACUUUGGAAAUAUUUGCUCCUUUGGCUAAUAGACUAGGGAUCUCUACUUGGAAGGAGCAGCUGGAAAAUCUCUGUUUCAAACAUCUGAAUCCAGAUCACCACCAAGAAUUGUCAUCGAAACUUCUCAAGUCCUCUGACGAGGCUGUGAUCACAUCUUCUUUAGAGAAGCUGGAGGAAGCACUUAAGGUCGCAGGAAUUUCUUACCACAGUCUGUCAGGCAGACACAAGAGCUUGUACAGCAUCUAUUCCAAAAUGUCGAAAAAGAAGCUAAAUAUGGAUGAAAUUCAUGAUAUUCAUGGAUUAAGAUUGAUUGUUGAUACUGAAGAGGACUGCUAUAAAGCUUUAAGAGUUGUUCAGGAGCUAUGGCAUGAAGUUCCUGGGAGGUUUAAAGAUUACAUAGUUUAUCCCAAGUUUAAUGGGUACCAGUCUCUGCAUACAGUUGUUACAGGUGAGGAUAUGGUUCCCCUUGAAGUUCAGAUCCGAACAAAAGAGAUGCAUCUGCAAGCUGAGUAUGGAUUUGCAGCUCAUUGGAGAUAUAAAGAAGGAGAUUGUAAACACUCUUCCUUUGUCCUUCAGAUGGUUGAAUGGGCACGUUGGGUCAUCACCUGGCAGUGCGAGGCAAUGAGCAAGGACAUGCCAUCAGUUGGAUUUACUGACUCGAUGAAGCCACCUUGUACAUUUCCUACCCAUUCAAAGGAUUGCACAUUUUCCUGCAAACCUCAUUGUGGCUCUGAUGGACCUGUCUUUGUUAUCCUGAUAGAGAAUGAUAAGAUGUCUGUGCAGGAGUUUCCAGCUAACUCAUCCAUAAUGGAUCUGUUAGAAACAGCUGGUCGUGGCAGUUCGAGAUGGACUUCGUACGGGUUUCCUGUGAAGGAGGAAUUAAGGCCACGGCUGAACCAUGAGCCUGUCAGUGAUCCUACCUGCAAGCUAAAAAUGGGGGACGUGGUAGAAUUAACUCCAGCCAUACCAGAUAAAUCACUGACAGAAUACAGGGAAGAAAUCCAGCGAAUGUAUGACCGGGGUCUGACCAUAUCAAGUGCAUUGCCUUUGGCUGCCAAUUCCCUGGCAAGCCUGCGAAGUUGACCCAUGGUCGAGUUCAUUCUAAGCUAGUAUUUCAUUCAGUAGCCUAAAAAACGUCUAUCCUUGUACAUAAACAUUUGUAAAGAACAGCUUCAUGGUUAUAUUCUGAAGGGAAAGCUCUAGCUAACUGGAAUUCAACCGACGUCGCCUCACUAAUUGUACAUUUCCAUAUUUUCUGUUGUGUUGGUGCAUAGGUCCAUUUUUCUUGGCAAAACAGCAUAUGCUAUGAAUGUAUAUAGCUAUUGAGAUAGCCUUGCCCCGAAUUUCCAGAAUUCUUUACCGAAUUUCUUGGCGGACCAGUAUAUGUACCCUAAAAUGAAAGGCAUGCAUCGUUCUCUUC